AUGUCGCUCUUCGGUGCCGUCGGCGCAGCAGCGACGACAGCUGGUCAAACAAACACCACAGGAGAUGUCUCGAAGGAUGUAGCUCUCAAUUCGCCUCCUGAAGACGGAAUCUCUGAUCUUCGAUUCUCCCCUGCGAGUGAACAUCUUGCCGUAGCCUCAUGGGAUAAGAAAGUUCGCAUCUAUGAGAUCAACGAGCAGGGUCAGAGUGAAGGAAAGGCGCUUUUCGAACACGAAGCUCCGGUCCUCAGUUGUUGCUGGUCACCGGAUGGAACAAAAGUUGUCGGUGCUGGUGCCGACAAAGCUGCACGCAUGCUUGACCUUGCAGCGAACGCGACAACCCCCGUCCAGGUCGCCGCUCACGAUGCUCCCAUCCGAUGCUGCGAUAUGAUUCCUAACCCUGCUGGAGGCUCGCCCCUGCUCAUCACUGGUUCGUGGGACAAGACCGUCAAGUAUUGGGAUUUGCGACAAUCGACCCCUAUUGCGACACUGGAGUGUCAGGAACGUGUCUACACGAUGGAUGUCAAGAACAAGUUGCUAGUGGUCGGAACAGCAGAUCGGUACAUCAACAUCAUCAACCUCGACAACCCUACCAAAUUCUACAAGACCAUGCAGUCCCCCCUCAAGUGGCAGACGCGGGUAGUCAGCUGCUUUACGGAUGCCACCGGGUUUGCUGUGGGUAGUAUUGAGGGACGUUGUGCUAUUCAAUAUGUGGAGGAGAAAGACUCGAGUUCGAACUUCAGCUUCAAGUGUCACCGCGAGACUCCCCCGAACCAACGCGACAUAAACAACAUCUACUCGGUUAAUGCCAUCUCCUUCCAUCCUGUCCAUGGUACCUUCAGCACUGCAGGUAGCGACGGCACUUUCCAUUUCUGGGAUAAGGAUGCCAAGCACCGUCUGAAGGGAUACCCGGCCGUGGGCGGCACCAUCUCCAGCACGGCCUUCAACCGCAACGGCAACAUCUUUGCCUACGCGGUCAGCUAUGACUGGAGCAAAGGAUACUCCGCGAACACGCCACAGCUUCCCAAUAAAGUGAUGCUCCACCCAGUAUCGCCAGAGGAAGUGAAGCCCAGACCUGGUACACGGAAGAGGUAA